UCACAGAGGUUUGUGUAUGAUGAAAAUGGGUACUACCAUUGCUGUGCUUCCAUUCCAUUUCCCGAAGGCUCUUAGGAAUCUGCUCUUAGGAAUCUGGGUUUGCAUGGUUUCUAAGGUUAUGAUCAUCCAAUCUCAUUGAACAUCUUGUUAGAUUCAUUGGCAUUACAAAAUGUUGGUUUCAAUGCAUUCUUGAUUAUCUCCCUAGACAGUGUUCAAACCAAAACAAUAUGGUUCGAAAUAGAAAAGCCAUUUCUUAAAAAAAAAAAUUAAACCCAAAGAAUGAAAUACGGAAUACGGAGUACUAGAUAAAUUGAUUUAAAAAAUAAAAUGUAAUGAUUCCCUGAAUUUGCAGUUGUUGAUGAGCUACUGGGAUUAGAAGCUAUGCAGGGGUUUUGACGAAUAUUAAAAAUGGAAUUAGAAGGAUUUGGGGUAGUCGCCUUCAUUCGAAUGCAUGGAAAACAUUCUGAAUUUCAAGGGAUAUACGGUAAUGUACCGGAAGAAACAUCACCUCCUCAGCCCCAAAAUCAAAAAAAGGUUUUAAAGGAAU